UUUGGUAAAACCAAAUGGUUAAAGACAAAAAAAGAGAGUACAAUCUAGUUUCAGUUAAAGCAAUUGCUGUCAAGAACCAAGUUGCAUGAGUCACCCUACACUUACAAUAUGCAUAUAAAAAGAUAUGCAAGCUUGUAAUUGAUACUCUUACUUUAAACCAAAAACCACCCCCCUCAAAAUAUUUUUCUUCUUCUUCUUUGAAGUGUUACCAAUCAAACAAAAGAUGUUCAAUUCUACAUGUGAGAAGAGUGUUCUUCAAAUCAAACAAGAUGACAAGUUUUUCAGCAGGCUACUAUCAAAGGAAAAUUCCAAUACUAAUCCAUCUUUUAGAGUUUCUGUUGCGGUUCCAUUUGUUUGGGAAUCUCAACCUGGCACACCCAAAUACACAUUCUCUAAAGACACCAUUCCUCCCCUUACACCCCCACCUUCCUAUCAUUUCAAGAAUUCCAACAAAAAGAAUGAGAAAAAACACUCAAAAUCAACCAAUCUUUUCUUGGCAUGGCUACAAAAACUAAACUUGAAGAAAAUUAAUCAGUCUUCGUCGUCCUCGUCCUCACCAUCUUCAUUCUCAUCCUCAUACCCUUCAUGGUUAUCAUCGUCGUCAAUGGAUUCUUCCAAAAUUACCUCGGCAACGAAAAGAGUUAGUAGGAGAAGAUUCUUAAGUUUUGGAUCAUCUUUUGAUUUUAGAGGUGAAAAUGAAGAAGAUGGUAAUGAUUCACCAAAUUCUACAUUGUGCUUUGGAAUUCAUCAUCGUUCGUCCAGCUCGAACACUGGAUUCCAAAGUAACUACAAGAGGCGCAUAAGGUAAUCAAGAUUUGUCAUUGUGGAGCACUGACACUAGAUUGUAUGUGUGUCUAGUGUGCAAUAUGUUUCAAUGUCCGACACACCAACCUGACACCGAAACAUAUUGUUACAUUCAAAUAUUCCAUUUUCUCAAAUUAUUACAAAUAUCAACGUGUCAGUGUAAUGUUUGGUGUAUGUCUAUGUAUGUGCCAAUGAUGUAACUUAGUCCUGGUUUUGGCUUGGACAAAAAGUUUCUCCAGUAGUUUUUCUCAGUAAAAUGUAAAGCCUUAAGCUCUUGAUGUUUA